CAUUAGUCACCCUAACAUAAAAAAGAGACUCCUAAAAAAUUAUUGUUUCUUCAUAUUAUCAUUGAUAACUCAUCAAAUUCUUCAAUUGUAUUAGGUUAAAAAACAUCAUCGCAGUUUUCAAAUGUGAAAAGAAUGAUCAUGUGGUUUGUAGAAUACCUCUUUAUACAUACGUCUUUAUACGAUGUUCAACGAGUUCACAAAUUAUGUUACGAAAGUUACGAAAUGUUUUGUUACCCAAAAUAAUUAUCUAAACUGUAAUCAAAGGUUCACAUUUUUUUAACUACAAUUUUUUUUCUGCCACUUCUUAUUUGUUGAUUGAAUUAAGGGACAGUUAAUCUUUUUCUGAAGGAGCCAGUUAUUGACAUAUAAAGUUGACUUAAACGCCUACGUAAGAGAGUACACAAAAUGUAGUGGCAAACAGCGGGGAAAUUUAUAGGUCAGGCGACACUUUUUUAAUAAAUAAUCGAGGCAAGUUGUAAAAGUUGUAAAUCAUAUAGACAUUCCAACCCCUCCCAAUAAUAAAUUGACUUGAAAACGCAGGAGCAAAAACAUUUUUUCCGUUUUCUUUGAAUUUUUGACAAACUAAAAUAAAACUAAAGUUUCUAAAGACAUUAGAGAGCAAAACCUUUAACACGAUUUUCUAUAUUUCCUCACAUAAUGACGAUCUGAUGCGUAACACAACUUUAGACUUUCCUGCCGCAUUUUUGAAUUUCACUCUGCUCAUUAAAACUCCUUUUCUGUAGAUUCUGUAGAUAGCUUUUAUUGUUAAUCUACUGUUGUGUUUACGUCCCUUAAAACAAAUCGUGUAGAAUGGACCUUAAGAAUUUGCAAAAGCUAGCGUGCGUUUAGAAUUAACUUGAUUAAAUCCUAAUCAUCUGGGAUUUCAAUGCGGAGAGUUUGAUGAGGUAGUAUAUAUAUAUAUAGAAAAUAACUAAAAUAUUUCUACUAAUGAAAAUAAUUUGGAUUAUAAGACAAACAUGAAAGAUUUGUUGUUGCUAGGAAUGUGUCAUGUGUAAACAGAGAGAUGAUAAGGAUGGACAAAUGUUGGAUUGUCUCUUCAUUAUUAGUAUGUCAUGAUACGAACAGGUUUGAGUGAACACAAAAAUUGUCGGAGAAAACGAUUUAGCUUGCAUUAUUAGAUUAUUUUUUUCGAAGUUUAUUCUGUGUUGUUAUAUGAACACAUUGUCAGAUAGAUAAACAAAUCAAGUUGAGAAGUAAGCGAAAAACGACUGAGUUACAUAUUAGUGACGGAUUAGGGUUGGUCGUUGACUCUUUAUCGGAGAUAAGAUACUGACGAGAAGAAGAUUUUAACCGUAAAGCGAGAGAAUAUUGAAAAAAAAUUAUUUAAAUCUCACUUGGUGAAAUUCUGUCGUUUUGACCAUAUACUUGAAUUUGAGAUUUGCGUCAAAAUGUCACCGCUAUUGAAAACGUUUAUUAUAUUUCUUGGUAUGAUUCAUCUAUCAAUAAUGGUGAAUUCACAGGGGACGGCGAUAAGGGUUGUAAACAGAGGCGUAUCAGUGUUAGGGGAAGUUCACCGCAAAACUGAUACAUGGGUGGAUUGUGAACAUGCUAAAGACCUGAGUAAAUUUGCUAAUUGUGCCGCAUUAAAGCGAACAGAGAAAUGCAAGGCGUAUUCAGAGAAGAUGAGAUAUUACUGCCCAGUAACAUGCGGAUUUUGUAACGGUGCCACUGAGGGAGUGACAACGAAGGCCUCAGCACCUGACGGGCCGCCCUGCAAAACUUCCCUGCACGGGUGCUGCAAAGAUGGCGAAACAGUAGCGAGAGGAAGAAACUUUCUCGGAUGCCCUGAAAAAUGUUUUGAUACGCCUAACUAUUCGUGUUCGUUCUACAAAAGUAUAGACUUCUGCGACCUCUACAAAGAUCAAAUGUUACAUAGGUGUCCAAGAACUUGUGAAAUGUGUCAAACUCCUGGACAAAAGAAGAAACCUACACGCCAACCAAAAAAUUCAACGGAGGAAUGCAUCGACGUUUGGGAACCUAAGAUGUGUAAAAGACUCGAAAGCUUCCGGUUAUGUGAAGUUAAGAAAUGGUCUGUAAGAUUAUCGCAAAAGUGUCGCAAAACUUGCCGUAAAUGUGCAAAAGAUACACCACCACUUUUAUCGGUCGCACAACCAUGCGCGAAAGAAGGUACAUGUUGCUGGGAUAAAUCAAAACGAGAGAAUGGCAUUUGUCCUGUGUGCAGAGAUUCCUUCUCACAACAUUUCUGUAAACGCUUCAAGUAUGAUUGCAUAAAAAACACGGCUAUUAAAAGUGUUCAGAUCAGAGUGCUAUGCCCGAAGACGUGUGGAAUGUGCAACAGCCAAAAUGUAUGCAUGGACGAUAUUGUUUACUGGGAUUUCUGCUUGCAAUGGAAAAAACAAGGCGAAUGUAAAAAGAAUCCGGAAAUUAUGAGUGUGUAUUGUAAAAAGACGUGUCGUUUCUGUAAAUAGAACUCAACUAUUACGUUACUCCUCAGUCCCAUAUGCUAUAAAUAAAACUUAUCAGAAGAGUUCAUAGUGAUACAAUCAGGAAAAGGGAUUACUAGAACGUUAUUAACGACGAACUAAAGACCUUAGUUGAAGAAAAGCACGAGUACGGAAGAUUAUAAUGUAUAUUGUGAAGACAAUAGAGGAGUAUUGUGAAUAAAGAAAGGCAGAUUCUGGUUGGGACGGAAAUGAACAUCAACAAAACAAAAACAAACUAGGAAAAAACGUAAUCAAAAAGAUAUAUUUUAUAUUUCCACUGUAUUUUUGACUUUUCAGAAUAAAAUCGUGAAAAAUUGC